CAUAUUUUAUUGGUUUGAGGGAAAGAUGCAAACGGGGAUCAGUACUUCAGUAUUUGUAAGAACACCUCGCAAUCUAGAGGAAGUUAGUUUGCCUUUGUACAUGGGUGUACCCGUACACGUGCACAACGGAAUUCAUUUUUCCUGCGCACAUUGCAUGAUCGAUCCGCUCACUCUGUGUACUGAAUCUCAAAGACACAGACCAUAGUGCUAGUGCUAGUGUGUAGCAGAAUAUGCAACCGCAUGAGAGCAAGAAGUGGUACACAGUACUCGUGUAAGGGGCAUUAUGGCGCACCGCCAUGCGUUCAGCCUGCGCGGAACGUUCGCGCAGUUCCGUGCAGGAAGAAGAACGGCGCUGAGCUGACGGUGACGGGACGCGAGUGUUGACACUGCCUGGCGCCAAGAGCAAUUCAAAUCGUGCGCGUGGUGCCAGCGUUUCUUCAGCGGAUAUUGGUUAGUUGGAAGCAUCUCCACCAUCUCCGCCACUGGGACCAUGAUGGUUUCAUACACAUCUUCUCGUUUCCAAUCAAGCUAGAAUCCAGGGAGAGGGGGAGCGAGCGAGCAAAGAUGUCACCUAUACCUGAUUUAAAAUAUCCUAUCCGCCCGUCUGCAUCUCUACGUGCUGGUACAAGCAUUUCCCCCCAAUCGAUUGCCUGCUUCCAGCAAACGUAGUUUUCGCGUUGAUCGUUAGCUGACUGUGAUCUGAUGUCUCUUUUCACCUAGUGCCAUUUCUCCUCGUAACCGCGAAUAGGCAUAAUCCAUGCAGGCACUUGGGAGAGUAUACAUAUCUUUGCCUAGUCACACCGAGAACGGAUGGGAGCAGAUGAAGAUAGGCAUAAAAGCAAGGAGUGUAGGCGAGCAGACCAGCAUUCAUCCUGCACUGAAAUUCAGAGAUUCUUAGGUACGCUUCAUCUGUCUUUGCUGACAUACCUACUGCCUUAGUGGUUUAGGCGGGGGCCUUCCAUCGCAUACCGUAGCUUGUGUAGUCUUCCCUAUGCCAUUAGCUGUUCAGCUACAGACGCAUGAGUGUUCAGAACUCAUCUUGCUCCUGAGUUUGGCCAAGGCUGGUCAUCCCACCACUGACGCUCUUCGAAGACUGAGGGAGAGUUAAAAGCAGCGUGCAAGACUACACAACCGGAGCCAGUAGAGACGAGGAUAUAGUAUGUGCAUGUGCGUGAAAGGAGCGAUAAUAUCGGCUGUUUGCAACUGAAACGGGAGUACCACGCAGACCAUACCACGUGAGAGUGAGAGACCAGUGCGAGCAGCGAGCUUCUGACAACAUUACCACAGCACAAGCGUCUCUUCUAGCGCUGCUCCAAGCUGCAUUUGCUGCCGAUUCGUCUACAUACAGUGUGACCGAGAACUGGACAAACUCAUUUUGCUAGUGUACCGUCGUCGGCUGGCCUGUUGACAUUUCCUGUUCGUGGUCAGGCGUCGCGUUGCAAAUCUUCCAAGACAACAGAAAUACUGGUGCGGCGGAGGACGAUGACGCGUGUACCUAUGAUGGAGUAUUGUGUGGCGGUGCUUCUUGCAAUGAUGCUAUUCAAACAAACAGACUGCAGCUCAGUAAGCGACCGCACGUUGAGUGGAGGUGAUGGUGGCAGCGAAGGUCGGAAUAUUAAUCAGCUCAUUGACCAGGUCAUCAACACGCUCGACAGCACUCCAUACCAUUCCAGCUCGAAUGUGCAUGUCAGUAACAACAGACAGGGUGAGGAGAGCCCACCAUCCGAUAUCGACACCGUUCAAGAUCGAUGUCCGCACCAAUGCCAACUAGCUAGAAGGCGACGACGGGACCUGAUCGAGCUGCUCAGGCAGAGAGCAUGUAACGGAAAUCUCCACUACGUAUUGGUCGGCGUCGUGACAAACAUCUCUGACCGGUAUUACAAAGUGGACGUUCAAGCAGUGUUCAAGAUUGGACUGAUCUCCAUCAAAACGAAGGGUCUGAAGAUUCUGCGAACGGACAGACUGAACGUAGAUACUGCACCCCUGGAGCCUAGGUGUGCAUGUCCGUCACUGAUCCAGGGCAAGAGAUAUCUGUUGUCUGGGCGCGAGUACCUGAGCGGCCACACGCUAAUGCUGGGCCCCAUGGACGUUGUGAUGAGGUGGAAAGCCAGAUGGCAGCGGACCAUAGAGUCUAACCUGGUGCGCUGCUCUGGCAGUCCCUUGGCACAGAACCUGUUUGGUGGCCGGACUGCACAAUCGGCGCUGGCUGAGACCUCCUCAUUGCUGGCCGAUGAUUCCUGGGAAAAGCGUUAGUCGCUUGGUCGCCGUGCAUCUGCCGUUGUUGAGAUUUGAAUUAUUCACAUUAAUAUUACCAAGACCGAGGGAACAGAUGUCCCCUAAUGGCCCUAUCUCCCCUUUCCAGGCCAGGCUUGAGAUGUUCCUUUAUGAUUUUCUGUCACGCGACUGAUUUACUUUGCUUUGUUGAGUGUACAAAACAUUCCCCCUUACCCCUCCACAACCCCAUCUCUCUCCCUUCCCACUGUCCCCUCCAUCUCCUCCUUCCCUGCGACUUACCGUACGUUCGUUCAUUGACUGAAUGAAAGCAGUCAGCGAUUAUUGAAAAUCUUUUGCUGCAAAUAUUAUUGCCACGCGCCUAAGUAUUGCACAAACACGUGCAUUAUCACGUGACUUAUUCAGUUUAUGAUCAAUUUUAAGUUUAUCUAUGUUGACAGAAAGUCACCCUCAUUCGGAAGCACAGUAAAUGUAUCGUGUGGCCCUGUUGGA